AUGGCCAUGAUAUUUUCUGAGGCAUGCUUGACUAUUUUGUUCGACUUUCCACUCGACUUGUUGCUAGUCGGGUCUCUUCUGGCCGGUCUCUCGUCCAACGGGUUACUCGGUUUUGUCGCGCAGGUAUUCACUUGCGUCGCAGAUCUCACUCAAUCUACCAAAUCCUUUGAAGCUGAGCAACUUUCUGAACAAACCGGGGCAUCGCGGUCUUCUAUCACCCCAUAUGAGACCUCUGAGUCGGACAAUGAUCUGUCGCAAAUGGCGGAGCAGACGGUUGGGCAAUCCAAUGACUACAAAAAAAGAUCCUUUCGGCUCUUUCUGAUUGGUUUUUUCGACUCGCUUUUCUCUCUCUGCCUUUCUGGUUCUCGAGCUCUUGCCAGUUAUAGUAUCUACGCCAAUGGCUUUACUAUAUCUGCUUUGGUUACUUUGUCUGGGCUUGCCCUUUCCAGCUUCUGCCUCUUCUUUCUCCCUGAAACUUCUCAACGGAGAGAACUAAGGCCGUCGUCUAUUGCCUCUGCAGAAAUUGUACACAGAGCUUCGCCGAAUGUAUUCCGUCAAUUGUAUUCUGGCCUUAUUGUCUGGACACACGGUCUCUACUUCUCUCUUAAGGUAGGUGAUAUAUUUCUUGGAGAAAAAGAUUAA